CAUCUUCUUCUACUGUUGUUGUUGAUCUCGGUUCUGUUUCCCUUUUCUUCUUUCCCCUUGAAAGCUUUCUAUUACGGCUCCCUGUUUCCCGGUUUCAUGGUUGAAACUGUAUAACUGUCAUUUCAGCAGCCCUUUGGUUGUCUAGGGUUUAUUAGAUUAUGGGGCUUUGUAGGGGAUUAGGCUUUCUUUCUGGGUUCUGGAGGGCUGUGUGGUUCUUGGUUGUAAUUGGGCUGUCUUUCCUCGGGUCUUCUAAUUGUGUGGCUCUGAAUUUGACAACCUGGGAACUGUUGACUUCUGUUCCUUUUUCUGUUCAUUUGAGGAGCUGGGAGUGGGUUUUCUGUUUUUGGGUUAACGAUUGGCUUAGAUAUGAAUCUUCUCUUCCUCUCUCUAUCUCUCUUCGGGUGGCUCUUUCUCGUGUAUUUCUUGAAAAAAAACUUAAUUUCGAUCUUGUUCUGGUAAAAUGGUAAUUGUCUUCAAAGAUCAUUCUAUAAUGUUCUUCUGUAGAGAAAUAGGAAUCUUCAUUGCCUAUCUGUUUGUUCUUGUGAAUUCAUUGUAUUUCACAGGAAAAGAGUACAUGUUGACCGAGUUCUGUAGCUGUUGUCUGCUCAAUUUUAGUCCUUUUCAUGCAAGAGAUAGUCUUUCUGAGUUGGUUGACUUUGUAAUUAGCUGGACAAUUGGAGGCCUAAUUGUGUUUUCAGUUUACAUUAAAUCUCUGUUCGUUUCUGCUACAAAGAUUAUCAUUACACAGUUCCUUGUUUGGCAUGGUAACAAAGUGGACCUGGUUGUAUCAUGCUCUUUUUAUUUUGCUUGUUUUAUUUGGAGUCUACUUGAUUUCUUGAUGAUCUUGUAAAUGAAAAAUCCUUGAUGAUAUACUUGGAGGAUCUCAUUGGAACAAUGUAUCUGCUAACUGAAUUGUGCUUAGUAUUGUUGAAUUAAUGUUCUUGGUUUGUAAACGUUUUAUAAGUUACCCCCCUGUGAGUUCACGUGGAUGGAUUUUCUGAUGAUUUCUUUUUCUGGGAUAUUAUAGUCUGGGCGGGUGCUUUGAUUGCUAAAGGGGAGAGAUUGCUUCCCAUUGAUGUUUCCAAGUCGAGAUUGUGGCAAAUAUAAUCAGAACAGAUCAAAUGCCAUCAUUGAAAAUGAAGACAAAACUAAGUGGGGGCUCUUUAGGGGAAAGAAGUCUUGGUGUGUGUCAGACGUCCAGUGUUAUAUGCAAGAAAUCUUGCGCUAAUGUCAACGCGGUUUCUCCUUUAUUAGAGGCUGACCUGUGUAUUCAGAAAUGUCAAGAUGAUUGCGUUUCUUCGAGUGAGGAGAUGCAUUCUCCGGAAACUGGCGGUGUUGAAGUCCUUGAUCAGCAACAAUUGUCAAAUCAAGGGAACUCCCAUUUUCAGACACAUGAUUCUAGUCUAGAUUCUGGAACCACUGUGAAGAUGGAUUCUACACAUAACUGCACAGCUGACUUGGAAACCAUUUUUUCCCCGGCUUUGGAGCCCAUUUGUAUAUUCAACAUACCCAACAUAGAUGAGAAUCCAGGGGCCAAAAGUAAUUUUAUCAUCUCAGGGUUGGGAACUGAUGGAAGGGAUGGUAAUACAAGCUUAUCUGAUUAUCAGACCUGCAACAUAGCAGAUUUCUCUAUCUCCGACAUGAUUAUCUCUAGCCUACCUUAUGAUGGGAAUGCAAUAGAUAGUCAUCUCAGUGAGAGUGAUCCUUUUCCUGAUUACAGAUGUGCUGAGCCAAGUAUGUUGUUUGAUAUGGCUCAGGAGUGCAUGAUACUCCCUUUUCUUGAGGAUACUGCCAAAUUGACAAAUUCCAAUGAUCUGAAAUCAGGUGAAGAAGCCAUUCAAGGUGGCCCAGAUGAUGCUGGCUUAUAUCCAGCUAUCAGCCAGAUUAGAACUUAUAAUCAGGAAUGUGAUUCUAUCGCCGACUCUGAUCAGGCAGAUGAUUUUGAUCCCCAGUACUUUAUCAGAAAUCUACCUGAACUAUCAGAGGUGGUAUCAAAUUUUCAGACAAGCAUGUUCCCGAAAGAUUCUCAAAGGAGGAAGUCAGUGACAUUAGUACUUGACUUGGAUGAAACACUUGUUCAUUCUACACUGGAACAUUGUGGGGAUGCCGACUUCACUUUCACUGUCUUCUUCAACAUGAAAGAGCACACUGUAUAUGUAAAAAAGAGGCCUCACCUCCAUACAUUCCUGGAGAGAGUUGCUGAGAUGUUUGAGAUUGUCAUCUUUACAGCAAGCCAAAGCAUAUAUGCGGAACAGCUUUUGGACAUACUGGAUACUGAAAAGAAACUCAUAUCUCGGCGGGUUUAUCGGGAGUCUUGCAUAUUUUCAGAUGGAACUUAUACGAAAGAUUUGACAGUGUUAGGUGUUGAUCUUGCCAAAGUUGCCAUAAUUGAUAAUUCCCCACAGGUUUUCAGGUUGCAAGUUAAUAAUGGGAUUCCUAUUAAGAGUUGGUUCAGCGAUUCGUCAGAUUGUGCUUUACUAUCAUUACUGCCCUUCUUAGAGACCUUGGCUGAUGCUGAUGAUGUCCGCCCAAUAAUUGCAAGGAGAUUCGGUAACAAGGAAUAAGGGCUAUUUUUCCUUAAUAGCUUGGAUAUUGUGCAUUGCCCUUACGUGUUCUCUUUUUUAUCCUCCAAAUAUGGUCUCUAAUCUUGGAUGGUCAAUCUCCUCUCUUUUUUCAAAUAAGUAACUAUAGAAUAAGAUAGAGUUUGUUUUGUUGUUGAGCCUUGCUUGUUUCUUUUUUGUUUGGGCCAACAGGUCCUUUCAGGUAAUCAUCAUCUAGUUCUCCAAAAGGUAGAUGUAGAGACGCUCUAUCCUCUUUUGUUGUACAGUUGAAGUUUCAAUUUAUAGAGAAGGUGUACAUAAACAAUUAUGUCAAAGAAAAGUUUACUACUUUAUGCUUUCUUGGUGGUGGCCUACAAUUCAAUGUUGAGGUCUCUCCAUUGUUUCAUUUCAGUUGUAUGAUAGUUGAUUUACAUGGAAGCCAGUUAAGCCUUAGAUCUUUAAUGCUAGCAAAAAUAGCAUGACCCCCUGGGGAUGUGUAUCAGGCUAGCAGCAAUCAAUAACUCAGUAAAGCGAUGUAGUUCAUGAACCUGCAAAUUGUUAAGGUGGAUGGAGGCUUUGUCUUGCUGCUAUUUGCAUCUGCAUUUGGAACAUGAGUUAGCCUCCUUAACAUGGAUAAUAAAUUGCUCAGAACUUAGAAUUGUUGUGACUUCUAGAAAAUUUAAGCUAAAGGUGUAUCCUGAAUUGACCAAAGGAGUUUGGAGUCUCUAAGAUCUGUUUUUGAAAUCGGGGAUCAUAAGAACCUGCCAGUAAUGAAAUUGUUUGCUGAAAUGGUGAAAUGUCUUCUUUUUACUUCCCUUUUUACACUGCUGCUACGUAAUGAUGCCUUCUCUGCAGGUGUUGUGAGGAAUGGCUUUAUGUGUAGGUACGCAGUGUUUCAUAUUUGUUUUACCAGUUCCAUUUUCGUUAAAGAUCUCAACUUCGUCUCUUUUUUGGAUCAACAGAUUGUGUUUUUUUAUCAACAGAUUGUUCCUCCUAACAUGUCUAUUUUUUCCUUUUUUCCUCUGAAUUUCUCGAGUAAUUGCUUCAGGGUAUUCUAUAGCUUGUUCUGUUCCACAAGACCAUUUUUUUUACUGGGGGUCAUUACUAAUUUGUAAUAAGUUUUUCCAUAAUGCCAUAUGGUCGCUUUUGUUCUUAAACAAUGAUGUAGCAGUAGCAGUAGCAGUAGCAGUAGCAGUUGUUAAAAAGAGUAAGAACAUCCAGCAGCCUGGGCGAUGUCGCUCAGGUGCUGUACGACUUACUAUCUUGUCCAGUAUUUUCGACAAUUUUGUAUAUACAGUGUGUUUUAGCAGUUAUGUGUUUUUUCGGGCUGUUUUGUUCUUUCAUAUGAUAAAGUUUUGAGUAUGGGUUUGCAUGAAAUGCUGCUCUAGGGUUUUGUUUGG